AUGGAGCGCGCGCGACGCCGGUCCCUCCCUUCGAUCAACGAGCUCGCGCAGGUGCAGCUGGGCGGCACCAGCGGCCGCCGUGCCCGCGCAAGCUACGGCACGUUCGCGGCCACCUCUGCGGCUCUGCCUGCCGCCUCGCCGCCGAUGCCAGGCGACGGAGACGACGACGACGACGACGACGAGUUCGAGUACGACGGCGCGACCGCCACGACCGAGACGGAGGUGGCGUCCUUCGACGACGACGACGACGGGUACUACCGCUCGGCCGAGGAGGCUACCGGCGCCCUGGCGGCGCUGUGCGGCGUCGCGCGGUACAGCGACCUCGUGUCGUCUUGGGCUGGCAUCCCGGGCGUGCCAGAGGAGGCGGAGGAGGUGGAGCAGCUCGACGACGGCGACGGCGAGUCGGGCAUGGCCACGGCCGCGGGCACGGCGACGGGCCGCACGUCUGCCGCGACGGGCCACUCGCGCUCCUUCUCCGUGGAGGAGAUGCUCGACGAGGACCCCGGGUCGGCGUGCCGCCCGCUCGUCGAGCCGCAGCCGCUGCUCGACGCGCUGAAAGCGGCCCAAGGCUUCGACGAGCACGCGAUCCCGACGCGGGCAGAGCUGUGGGCCGCGAGUAUUGGCACUGUGAUCGACGAGACGGGGCAGCCGCACCACUUCCGCGAGUUCUUCCCCGACUGGAGCGAGAAGUCUGGCCUGUUUGGCCUGCGCGCGCCGUCGCCGUCGCCCUCGGCCGGCCGCGACGCCGCCCAGCCCCGCACGGUCGUCUUCUUCAUCCGCGCCCUGCUCUGCGGCCAGUGCCAGGACUAUGUCCGCACCCUCGCCUCGCUCGACCUCGCGGCGAUCGCCGCCGCGAAUGUGCGCGUGGUCAUCAUCACCAACGGGAGCUGGCGCGGCAUCAGGCGCUAUCGCGAGAUGUUCCACUGCCCGUUCGAGAUAUACACGGACCCGACGUUGAAGGUGUACAAGGCGUUAGGCAUGUCCCCGCGCAUCAGCAACCUCGAGCACCUGGUCUCCGUGUUCCGCGCCCCGAAAGAUCGCCCAGCAUACCACCGCAAAGGGCCCUUCACGCAAGUGGUGCUGGGCACGGCCAACGUCGCGCGCCUCGGCGUGCUCAACAUCGGCUCGAUCACGCAGAUGGGCGGCGAGUUUGUGCUUUUGCCCGGGUACCGCUGCACGUACGCGCACCGCAUGCCCAACAAGUACAUGCACGACGAGGCGGCCGACGUGCUCCGCGCCGCGGGCGUGCGGUUCCCGCUUGCUGAACAGGCAAGCGAGGAGGGCGACAACGCGUCCCUGCUCGUUGGGAACGGCCAGUUCCUCCGCGAGCGCGAGCACGAGGUCGUUGAGAAGAAGGCUGAGAAGGGAGAAAAGGAAAAGAAGAUGAAGGCUGUGGCGGCCGCGCCGGCGCGGCUCGACCCCCACCCCGGCCGUCACCAGCUGCGCAAGUACUAUGUGUAA